AGGGGCGUACAGCCUUCUUGCAAAACCACCAAAACGCCUCGAAAUUCGAAGAUAACGAACGCAUCCACCUGCUCGGAUACGCGACUAAUGGAGGCGCUGCGGGUAUGGAGGGCUUCCUUCAAUCUCCUCGGCUUCGCGGCCUCCCGCGCCGCCGCCGCCUCGGCCGGGAGGGCCCACCGUUUCCACAUCCGCUGCUGCUCCCCGGCCGCUGCCGCCACCACGAAGCCGCCGCAGGACCGGCGCCGCCGCAGCGCCUCCUCAUCCUCCACCUCCGACCGCGACUCUAUCCGCGCCAUUCGCCUAAAAAAGGUCGAGGAGCUAAGAGGGAAGGGUUACGAACCGUACGCGUACAAGUGGGACAGGACUCACACGACCAAGGAGCUUCAGGAGAGGUACACCCAUCUCGAGAAUGGUGAAGUCUGCACCGAGGCGUCGGUUUCCAUUGCUGGUAGGAUCGUUGCCCGAAGAGCAUUUGGAAAGCUUGUUUUCAUGACCAUAAGAGACGACUCCGGAACUAUUCAGCUUUACUGUGAGAAAGACAGCCUUACGGAGGAGCAGUUUGAGCAACUGAAGGCAUUUAUUGAUGUUGGCGAUAUCUUAGGUGCAAGUGGGUCCAUAAAGAAGACAGAAAAAGGGGAACUAUCUGUUUAUGUCAGCUUUUUCGAAAUCCUUACAAAAUCCUUACUCCCGCUACCAGAUAAGUAUCAUGGCUUGACAGAUGUGGACAAGCGGUAUCGCCAAAGGUACAUUGACAUGAUUGCAAAUCCUGAGGUUGCUGAUGUGUUUCGAACAAGAGCGAAGGUUGUUUCUGAAAUCCGCAAAACAAUGGAAUCAUUUGGGUUCAUUGAAGUUGAAACGCCAGUUCUACAGGGAGAAGCAGGUGGUGCUGAAGCAAGACCUUUUAUAACUCACCAUAACUCCCUCCAAAGGGAUCUUUACUUGAGGAUUGCAACGGAGCUACAUUUGAAAAGAAUGCUGGUUGGAGGGCUCGAGAAAGUUUAUGAGAUUGGGAGAAUAUUCCGAAAUGAAGGCAUCUCUACUCGUCAUAAUCCUGAAUUUACCACCAUUGAAAUGUAUGAAGCAUAUUCAGACUAUGAAAGCAUGAUGAAUUUGGCUGAAGAAAUUGUAACUCGAUGUGCUAUGGCUACGACUGGAAAGCUUAAGAUUGAUUACCAGGGAACUGAAAUCUCUCUGGAAAGACCAUGGAGAAGGGAAACCAUGCAUCGUCUUGUCGAAGAAGCAACAGGAGUAGACUUCAAUAGCUUUGGAGAUGUUGAAUCUGCUAAAAAUGCUGCAAAAGGGCUGCUGGGGUUCAAAACAGAGAGCAGUGAGAAUACUUCAUUGCAAGCUUGUUCAUCUGUUGGACAUGUUCUCAACGAGGUCUUUGAGACUGUUGUUGAAUCAACUCUUGUUCAACCAACGUUUGUUCUUGACUACCCAGUUGAGAUAUCACCAUUAGCGAAACCACAUCGGAGGUAUGCUGGUCUUACUGAACGAUUUGAACUUUUUGUAUGUGGCCGUGAAAUUGGAAAUGCAUUUUCUGAGCUCACAGACCCAAUUGAUCAGAGGAGUCGUUUUGAAAAUCAAAUAAAGCAGCACAAUGCUAAACGUGCUGCGAUGGAUAAGGUCAAAUUGGACGAGAGUAAGGGGGAUGAUGAGUAUUCCUAUGAAGUUUCCUUGGAUGAAGACUUCUUGACUUCUCUGGAAUAUGGAAUGCCACCUGCUUCCGGAAUGGGCCUUGGUAUCGACCGGUUAGUGAUGCUUUUGACAAACUCUGCCAGCAUAAGGGACGUUAUCGCCUUUCCAGUUCUGAAGCUUCAGCAAUAGGACCUUUGCUCAACGUAAGGAGAGAUGCAAUUUUGACAAUGCCGAGCCGAGAAGAGAUUCGGCGCAUCCUGUGUCUUAUGUUGAAGCAGUUUUGUUGUGUCUGACCAAUAUUUCGACUGGUAGAUCUUGUGUGCAAUUAUAUACUGCUCAUUACUUCAUUGGUAAAUGGAUGGGGAGGAGGGUCGAGAGUGUUACGCGAAAUAGUCACUAGGUGCCGACGCUGGAAUAAAAAAUCGGUUCACAUAUUUAUGGUUUCCUACAAGUACUCUUAGGUUGGAAUGCUACGAAUGUAAACGAUACCUCUUCAAUUUUUGUUAAAACCA